CUCAGCGGACUUUCACGAACGGCACUGAAGUAUAGUUGUCUCCUUUAAAAUUCGGAUAUUAAUUUUCUUUUUGUCUCGUCCCGGCAAUCUUAGAACAAUUACCGUGUGAAAUAUAAAGGUCUGUAUAAAAAGAAGGCUGACAGCUGACUUCGUUGCUGAGCGCCUGACGAACCGUAAUUUGAAUAUAUUUGUUUAAGUUUUAAAACAAAUGAACAGGAACUUUAAAGUAAUCAUAUGAUUUUUGUAACAGAAAAAUGUUACUCCAACUUGAAUGUAGUUUUCUAAAAAAAAACUUUUGCUUUAUUCCAUAUGAUUUCUCAAUUUUUGCGGUAGUAGUUAUUGUUUGCUGAAGAUUUUUCUUAUUCACGAAAGAAAAGUCAGGGGAUGAAAAGAAAAGAAGGAACUUAUAUGGAACUGAAAGCCAAUUCUUGAGCACCAUGCCCUGGUGUCGAAUACCACGAGUUUCGGCAAAGAUGGUCUUCAUUUUGGUCGUCAUAUGUCUCUCCUCGUUAUUUAUAAACUUUAGAAGAAAAGAUUUCAUGACUUUCAAUGCAGAAAAAAUUGAAGGGCUUCUCCUGCACCAAGGUCGAAAAUAUAGAGAGAGCGUCAGGAAAUCGACUUUCACUCAGGAUCAUCAGAGUGUGGUAGAAAAGAACUAUGGUGCGGGUGAGGUGUCAACAAGGCCUGAAAAGCUCAUUGAUACGAGCUUUUCACUGAAAAAUACAGUCACCUUACACGAUAAUGAUGAAACUUAUGUUAUAAAAGACAACGAAGAGAACGUUCAAGAGAAAGAAUAUGAUACUCUAUACGCUAAUAGAAACGAUGAGGAAGAAGUGCACAUUACAAACGAUAACACUAAAAGAAAAAAGCGCGAUCCCCUAGACGCAGAGGAGGAGGAGGAGGAGGAGGAGGAGGAGGAGGAGGAGGAGGAGGAGGAAGAAAACAAUGAAAAAGACGACUAUGGAGACGUAAAGGAUAAUGCUUCAGCCACCGAAAACCUUGACAUGGAUUACGACUCCACGGAUAAUGAGAAAAAUGUUGGCCAAUAUAAAAGGGACGAAGAAAUAACUGUACGUAACAAUCAGAAUGAAAGAGAUAAGGAUGAUUCUCAAGAUACCAACGAAAAAAAAAACGAAAUCCAAAAUGAAAUUUCGCACAAGUUUCAGGGAGUCCGAGAAGCUAAUGAAUCUUCAGGGAAUACCAACCAAGAUGGAAAG